AUGCAUCUCCGUACUCUUUGUACACUAAUAGUAUUAAAUCUUGUUCCAUGCCUAGUUGCGUCGGCACAACUGUCAGAGCAACACAAUGUUUCUUCAUUUGCCUGUCCGAAUCUCUAUAGCAUGCUGUUCUACCCACGUACAACAAAAAAUAUUACUGUUCUGAGUCUUCAACCACUUAAAGUCCAAAUUGACUACGAAAUUCAUGGGCCUACAUCGACACAUUUUGUAUCCAUUCAAGGUAUGAUCUGUGACAACGGUUUCAAUCAACAGGCAGCCAAUGCAGUGUGUCAGUCAAUUGGUAAGAAUUAUGCUGCUUACGUACCAUACAUUCAUUGGAGUGAAGGACCAACUGAUCGAUGCCAGUUCACAAUGGAUAGCGACUCUGCAGUAUAUGUACCAUGUGCAUUCGUGUCAGUUAAUCUAAGCUGUUUAAAUGAUGCAAAAAGCCUGACAGAGUGUAGUCAAUCCACUCUUUCCAAGCAAGAAUGUACGUCAGACAGACACAUCAGUAUCCUCUGCUCCUCAUUACCACAAAAAACAACAACAGCAACAGCUAUAACGACUAUUACCACUUCUACAUUUAACCCUCUAACAAACCAAUGCUCAUCGUAUAUAUCAAUUACAGAUGGUCGACGCAGAGCAACUCAGGGCACUUCAAACAUUUGCGACAGAGGGUAUCCGUUUAAUGCUUCUGAAGAUGGUUCUUGGAUAAGAUUCAUGGGUGCAGCCGGAACUCGGUUAAUCAGUAGUCCGAUAGGUACUCAAAAAUGCGGCACAUCAAUAACCGGUUGGUAUACUGGUUCUCAUCCAACGAUACUUGGAGAAAAUGUCACUGGUAGGGUGUGUUUUGAGUGGUUGGACGGAAAAUGCCAAUAUUCUAAGUCCAUCCAAAUUACAAAGUGCGAUGAUUACUUUGUCUAUUUAUUACCCAGAGUGCCCGGAUGUCAUAUGGCAUAUUGCACAGAAUAG